AUGCCAAGCUUGGGGCUUCUUGCGCAGGCAUAUUACUACCAUAGCAGUAGCAUCCUCCAUCACAAAGCCCCACCCGCUCGUUGGGAACAACGUCGGAAGGGUCUGAUUCGACGUGAUCGCCAGCCUGACAACGAAACCGAGAUUGUGAAAAUAAAGUCAAAUGUGCUACAUAGGAAGCCCGCCGCGCAGGUAGCGAACGCUCAACAACAGCCACAUCGGCACACAAAUAAGUUGUGGAGUAUACGGACGCCCCCAAGAAGGAGUGUCAGGAAGGGAACGUUGGAUGUGGUGUUACCAUGUCAGGUAUGUUGUAGCGGUUGCAAGAGUCCACGGACACCAGAACCUCUCGUGAAGAGCCGGAAGCAUUACAAUAUCCAGCGUCACCAUCGAGAAUUCAUAGCGACGGGCUUUUCAGUCACAAACUGA